AGGCGACAAGCGGCGCUGAGCCCCAAGUCGCAGUGCUAUGUGAAGCCGGCGCGACGUACCACCCCCAAUACAUGUCAGCUGCAGGACGAUGGACACCUGAUCUCACUACCAAGCCGCACAACUGCCUGAAAGACAAAAUGGAAAUCCUCGAUUAUUGCAAAAAGGUUUACCCGAGCCAUGAUAUCACUAACAUCGUCGAAGCAUCCCACUACGUCAAAGUUAGUAACUGGUGCAAGCUCGGUUCUAACAACGCUGCCAAGUGCAAGGUUACCAGAUGGGUGAAACCCUUCCGUUGUCUUGAAGGCCCAUUCCAAUCGGAUGCGCUGUUGGUGCCCGAGAGCUGUCUCUUCGACCACAUCCACAACCAAAGCCGGUGCUGGCAGUUCUCUCGCUGGAACGCAACCGCCGGACGCGCGUGCGCUCAACGUGGACUCCGAUUACGUACUUUUGCUAUGCUCCUGCCUUGCGGUAUCAGCCUGUUCUCUGGAGUUGAAUUCGUGUGCUGCCCUAAGCAUUUUAAAGAAAACGUUAAGAUGCACAAGCCAAUGGACGUCGGCGUUCCAGUAAGCCCUGGUGGUGAAGAGAUGUUGGCUGCUUCUGCUGCUAUGGACGAACGAGAUGACGAACUUCUUGAUGAUGAAGACUCUUUGAUCGAUGACGAUGAUGACACCCUUAACCUCAGUGACGAUGAUGAUGAUGACGACACUGAUGACGAUAUGGAUGAAGAUGAAGAUGCUGAUUUAUCUCAUGAUGACGACGCUGAAGAUGAUGACUACACGGACGGUGAUGACUCCGCUUGGCCACGACCAGAAUCGUCUGCAUCUCCCUCUACCACCACUUCAACUACCACUACUACUACGACUACUACUACGGCUUCUACUGCUACCUCCGACCCGUACUUCUCACAUUUCGAUCCCCGAACCGAACAUCAGAGCUACAAAGAUGCGCAGCAACGGCUGGAGGAAACUCACCGGGAAAAGAUUACAAAAGUAAUGCGUGAAUGGUCAGAACUGGAAGACCGUUACCAACAGAUGAUGACUUCUGACCCAUCUGCCGCGCAGACUUUCCGGCAACGCAUGACUGCUAAAUUCCAAGCAAACAUCCAGUCGCUGGAGGAGGAGGGCGUAUCGGAACGCCGUCGGCUCGCCGCCCUCCACCAGCAGCGUGUCCUCGCACACCUCGCUCAACGCCGCCGCACCGCACUCGCCUGCUACACGCGCUCUCUAAGGGACACACCUCCCAAUGCUCACCGCGUCCAGAAAUGUCUGCAACGUUUGGUCCGUGCCCUGGCGGCUGAACGCAGCGGCGCUCUGGCCGCGUGGCGCCGCGCUGCUGCCGCUGGUCGCGAGGCCGCCGCCGCUGAACGGGCUAGUGCUGCUGACAGAUUACAGGAUGCUGAUCGCGCAUUACAACGUGCUUUGACCUCCCUACGCCGUCGCCCACAUCUCUACGCUAGCAUUGGUACCGCUAUUGAAGAUUACGUUCAGUCAAUGCAGUCAAAGGACGACAUGGCUGUUUCCUUAAUGUCCAUGACUCCUGAGGCCGAGGAACUCCUUCUGGACCGCAUUGAAGCUGAAGUGCAAAGAGAACAAGCUGCUCGUGAACAACUCAACGCGAAGAGGGACCAGCGCACACGUCAGCGACAGGAUAUUCAGAACGAACGUGUUAGGGAAAUCAUUACAAGCACGAUGACUGACGCUCCAGAGAGCGAAACCGAAACUAGUGAAGUAAGCGAAACAUCCAGCCGACGAUCCACCAGCGAGACCGAGGGUGAAGGUUUACGCGCUGCUUUAGAACAAGCGGAGGAAAGGGCGCCGCCUCCACCAGCCCAUGCUCUCAAACAUGAACUGCAACAUUCCCAGCCUGAGUACAAGGUGCGGGCCAGCGGCAGCGGCGGCGGCGCGGGCGCGCUGUACCCCGCGCUGUGCGUGGGCGGCGCCGCGCUGGCGGCCGCCGCCGCCGUCGCGCUCGCCGUGGCGCGCCGCCGCGACCGCGCGCCCUCCGCGCAGGGAUUCGUGCAGGUCGAACAGACCGGCGCAGUGGCUCCCACACCUGAAGAGCGACACGUGGCCAACAUGCAAAUCAAUGGCUACGAAAAUCCUACCUAUAAAUACUUUGAAGUCAAGGAGUAAAUCUGCUCCUACAUCCCACCGUCCAUCAGGCCUGCCUUACACUCUUUCUUAUUUCGGGAAGUGUUAGCAAGACAAGUAUAAGAAAGUGACUAAUUGUGAUCUCGUUUCGCUUGUCAUUCCCUCGAGGUUCAUUUGAUAACAUUACAUUUGUAACUAAAAGCACAAUAAUAUUGAUGUCUUGACACUUUUUAAAAUAUUAUACUACUAAUAUCAUCAUAACGCCGUAUAUCGACAUUAAAGCUAGAUUUGACUCUUAUUUCAAAAUUCCUUCUUUGAACUCUUUUGAACCGAUGAAAGGGAAUAAGAUUAACCUUUUAAUCUAUUAUUUGUGAUGUGUGCUAGAUAAUCCCUCAUCUCUGUACCCUGUCCUUAUAUCUAUUUCCUCGAACAAUUAAUUCUUUAUGGAAUGAAUGUGUGUGCAGAUUAUGUGAACUAUUCCUCGAUCGUAAGGCGAGCCUGAUGGUUAAUGUUCUAAAUGUUCAUUGUAAUAAGAAAGCUUGUGUGAUUAGUCAACAUAUUUUUUGCGAUUUCUCGCAGUCAGUCAAACUAAACAUAACUGAUAUUAGAAUUUAUAUUGUUUUAUAUGUUAUUUUUUAUGUUUGCACCAAAAUAUUUAUUUGAAUUUAAGAUUAGGUCUAAGUUUCGUCUAGUAUCCUAGAAUUCAUAAGUUUCACCUUGUAGUCGAGUUAUUUAAAUUAAGUUUUCGAGACCGCGUCUCGAGUGAUAAUGCACAUUGAAAAUAAAUACUCACUUUUCGAUAUUGUUUUUCAUUAUAUUCUCAUUCUAAUUUGUCGACACUCAUCUCACUUUAAGACGAUACUUGGAGUGUUUGUUUUUCGCGUUAUUUCACUGUGCGUUGUCCCUCGACUCUGUGGAACAAACGUCCAUGGUACGCUGUGUAUAUAGACUCCGCGUACAAAUUCGAACCUAAAUUUACUUAUUCUUAAAGCCCGCUUUCUUUUUCUAAUGUAGGUAGAACAUAACGUGAAUUUUAUGUAAUAAAAUGCGAAAAUAUAUUUUAAUAAUUAUGUGUACUUAGCAAUGGGACGGGCGGCAAAGCCGGUGCGGGUGAACGCGUAGCCUCUGUAGUACCUACUCUUCUAGUCAAAACUUUGGUACCUUCGACCUGAGGCACUUGACAGAUCACUCUCGUGGUCGCGUCGAGGUGUGUCUCGGGUACAUACUUCUGUCUCUUUCCCCCUUCGUCUUUCUCCGUUUACCCGCGGGACAAUACUCAUAGUUCCCGGUAGGAAAGGACUGUGUACUCAACGUGUGCGAAUAAGGUUUAAAAUCACUAUGAGCUAUUUGUGAAGUUCAAUAAGAGGAGCUUCGUAUGAUCUAGUCAAAAACAGGCGCGUUUAUAAUCGGUUUAGUUUAACGAUGGCCUGCGCACAUUGGGUACUCGGUGAUGCCGAAGCAGUUAAGCUUAGCGAGUGUAUGUACGGUUAUUAUAUAAGUAGAUGUACAAAAGUAAUACAUUAUAUAGAUGUUCUAGCGUCAGAUACAUAGAUAUAAAGCAAAUAUAAUUAUAUAUUGCAUUCGUCCGAUUAAUAUAAGGGCUUGCGCUCGUGUCUAUUCCCACGUACCAUUCUUAAUGUUACGCCGUAGUUAAGAUGUAAUUCUGCCUCAGUAUUAUAUACAUUUAAGCUUAUUUGUUACAUAAGCUAAUUUAUAUACACUAAUUCUAUUUGUUUACGGGCGAACUGGCGCUGCUACCUUAAGGAAAUCAUAUCAGAUGCGCUGAGGCGCUGUCCUCUCUUCACUUAGACGCGUUUAGCGCCGUACGUUACGUCUUAGUUCGAACCAACGUCGAGAGAAGGCGCUAUACGCGCGUCAAAGUGAAUAGAGGUUGAAUGAGCGCCUGCCCGUGGCUUGUACGGCAUUUACGUAAGUUUACUCACUGUAUAACGUAAGUCUAAUCCUGCAUCAAGUAACCGCUGUAUUUUUACUAAUAACUAAGUAACGAGCCGACCACUUAUUUUUUUAACAAAACUUUUUGCUCAAAAUCAGCUGUUUAUCGUCGGUAUUGAGGAAUGGUCUGUAUUCAAUGUUUAAUAUUUCGAUGUCAACAAUAUUCGAUGUUCGUAGUUUUAACCCUGGUUUAUGUAAUUUCAAAUCACUGUUUCACGUAUUUUGAGAAUAUAAUAAAUGGUUUGAAAUUUUUUGUGUUUCCUAUGCUACAUUUAUUGUGAGUUCGAAGUUCAAAUUGAAUCAAUAAAUAGGAAUUUAAA